AUGCUCGUAGAGUUGGAGGAGAUGGGUUUUUGUGAUAAAGAAAUGAACAAGCAGCUGUUUAAGAAGAAUAAUGGAAGCAUCCAGCGUGUUGUCAUGGAUCUUAUUAUUGGAGAGCAGAAGCGGUGCCGUAAGACGUACGAAAAGGAGAACUUGUGUCUCUAUGGGAUUCCUAAUGAAACAUGGGAAGUAAACCUCUCGGUGGAGGAGGUGCCUCUAGAACUUCCAGAUCCAGCAUUGGGAAUAAAUUUUGCACGUGAUGGAAUUCAAGAAAAAGACUGGUUAUCACUUGUUGCUGUUCAUAGGGAUUCAUGGAUGCUUUCUGUUGCAGUCUACUUUGGUGCACGAUUUGGGUUUUGCAAGAGUGCUAGGUAA